CCUGGCCCGGUGCAACCUGCUGCUUCAUCUUAUCUGUCAGCGCUGCUCCUUUACUAGAACAGAACUUAGGAAUCCCGGGGCAUAACCUUCUGACGAUUGUACUAACAGUUUAUAAAUCUCAGAUACCCCAUGUGCUGAGGGAGCAUUUACCAAGCAUACAUUUUCCACGGGCGUAUUCGGACAAUCUGACCACUCCUUACGAAGAAGGGAACUGAGAAAUAUGGAACAAAGUGCAAACACUCUGCUACAUAUCACAGCCUCAGAGAAAGAAAAUUUAAAAGAAGGGGUAAAUUUCUUGAGAAAUAAGGAAAGCGGUAAAAAUUUCAUUGUAUUUAAAAAUGAAGAGGAAGAGUUACGAGCUUGCAAAAACCUAUGUAAACACCAAGGAGGAACCUUCAUAAAGGAUAUUGAGGACCUGGAUAGCAGCAUCGUGCGUUGUACAAAGCACAACUGGAGACUGGAUGUGAGCUCCAUGAAGUAUGUCAACCCACCAGACAGCUUCUGUCAAGAAGAACUAGUCAUUGAAAAAAAUGAAGACAACAGUAUUUCCCUUGUGGAACUGGAUCCUCCAAAUCCCUGGGACUCUGAUCCAAAGAUUCCAGUAGACUUGGAAGUAGGGGAGUUACAGAUUACCUAUUUAACUCAUGCCUGCAUGGAACUGAAGCUGGGACAGAAGUAUAUGGUGUUUGAUCCUUGGGUGAUUGGUCCUGCCUUUGCUCGAGGAUGGUGGCUGCUUCAUGAACCUCCAUCUGACUGGCUGGAGAGGGUGUGUCAUGCUGACCUAAUUUAUAUAAGCCACAUGCACUCUGAUCACCUAAGUUAUCCUACACUCAGAAAGCUUGCUGAAAGAAGACCGGAUAUACCAAUAUUUGUUGGAAAAACAGAACGACCUGUCUUCUGGUACCUGAAUCAGAGCGGUGUUAACUUGACAAAUAUCAAUGUUGUCCCUUUUGGAAUCUGGCAGCAGGUGGAUGCAGAUCUCAGAUUUAUGAUACUGAUGGAUGGAGUUCAUCCUGAAAUGGACACUUGCAUUAUUGUAGAAUACAAAGGUCAUAAAAUCCUAAAUACAGUGGAUUGCACUCGACCUAAUGGUGCAAAGCUCCCCACAGAUGUUGCUGUAAUGAUGAGUGACUUUGCUGGAGGUGCAUCUGGAUUUCCAAUGACAUUCAGUGGUGGAAAGUUUACAGAGGAAUGGAAGGCACAGUUUAUAAAGACAGAAAGAAAGAAACUGCUGCAUUACAAAGCCCAACUUGUCAAGGACUUAAACCCUCGUAUCUAUUGCCCCUUUGCUGGUUACUUUGUGGAGGCACAUCCAUCAGAUAAGUAUAUUAAGGAGACAAACAUUAAAAAUGAUGCUGCAACAUUGAAUCAGCUGAUAACUAAAAUGUCAAAUGUUAUUACCUGGACUCCAAAGCCAGGAGCAGUGAUGGACGUUGGCAGGGUAUUAAAGGACCCAAGUGACAGAGAGGCCAUUGUUGAUCCACCAGAAGGUACCAAAAUCUUCAAAGAUUCUUGGGACUUUGAUACAUACCUGGAUGCCAUGUCUAUUUCGUUUACUGAUGAGAUCUUUAACUAUCCAUCUUGGAUUAAAGAAUAUUUCGUCUGGGCUGGGUUCAAAGACUAUAACUUGGUUGUCAGGAUGAUUGAAACUGAUGAGGACUUUGUUGACUUGCCUCGGGGCUACAACUACUUGGUAGAUUUCUCAGACCUUUCUUUUCCUACUAAAAGACCAAACCGUGAUCAUCCUUAUGAAGAAAUAAGAAGUAGAGCUACCGUCAUGAGACAUGUUGUGAAAAAUGGCCUACUCUGGGAUGAUUUAUACAUUGGAUUUCAAACACGACUUCAGAGGGACCCAGAUAUCUACCAUCACCAAUUCUGGAACCAUUUUCAGAUCAAGCUGCCCAUAACACCACCUGACUGGAAUGCAUUUUUGGAACAAGAGAAACAAAGUGGAAAUAAUGCACAGAUUUGCAGUGUAAUGUAAAUCAUUACCAGAAAAUAUGUCACAACCUGAAGUAGCUGCUGGAACUCCUUUUAAUCUCAAAUCUGGCAAUGAGUGCCUAUUGUUUUUAUGAUAAUUAGGAGGUCCAAACAUCAAAAUCUGAUAUUCUCCUUUAGAAUUACCAAAAACUAUAUAGUGAAAGUGCUCUUUUUAGCUAUCCAUUCCAUUUACAGUAUUAUUCAAAAAGAUGGAACAAAUUUUUACUUUUUAUUUCAAACAAACUGUGUUGGAUAGACACAUAUUUUGUACAUCACUGGAUAGAGCAGGGGUGCCAAACCAAUGGCCCUGUGGAGCCCUCUCAUGUGGCCCACGACCUGUGUUGUGAAUGAAGCCGGCAGUAGAGAAAGCAAGUGGUUGCGAGGCAGAGACGCAUAAGCCGAUGCUUCCUGUAUAGCACCGGCUCCUGUCACAGGUGGAGUGAUACCAAAUAUGGGCAUAUCUGUUCUGCGGUGGUUACUGGGCAGUUUUCAAACUGAUCAGCAGGUGCAUCACCUACCUCCCAAAAAAAAAGAAGAGGAUCCAGGGUGGAUUGGAUCGAAGGGCCCAUAGAGUAGAGUGGGCUGUAUCUGC